GCCCACAGUUCCAAACCUUAUCUAUAAUCUCUCCUCUCUCCCCAAUCUCUCCCAUCUCUCUCCCUCUCUCUCUCAAUUAUUAUCGGACACUCACUACUCUAUCUUUAUAUACACACCUGUACAAACAAAACCCCUCAAACCCUUCUCUCAACAACAAUUUCACAAAUCAGAACACCCCCUUGUAGAAAUUUCAUUAAUUUCAAUAUUUUCUUGAUAAUUGAUGGACUGCUGCAUCUCAUACAACAAGAUCUCCGCCUUCACUUCAUCUUUCUCGUCUUUCUCCACCGGCCCAGUUGUGUUUCCGGGUAAUCGGAGGAGGGUCAUAGUUGCUGCAACAAGUAGCGACAGUCACUGUGAUUUCGGCAGCUUGAAUACCCCAUUGGAGCUUAGGUCUCCAAGCGGGAAGCUCUUGUCAAGAGUGCUGCAGAAUGACCGCAAGAACUUUCACCAUGCAGUGGCUGGGCAGCUGGAGCUCUUGGUUUCUGAGCGUGAUGAGGCUCUGGCUAGGUUCAGGCUGAGUCUUGGAUCUUCUGAUGCUUCUCUCCACAGGAGGAUUGCUGAAAUGAAAGAGCAGGAGUCCCAAACGGCAAUUGAAGAUGUUAUGUAUAUGUUAAUCUCUUAUAAGUUUUCUGAGAUCAGAGUUCAUUUGGUUCCAAGGCUUUCACAAUGCAUAUAUAACGGCAGACUUGAAAUUUAUCCCUCAAAGGACUGGGAGCUAGAGUCUAUUCACAGCUUGGAGGUUUUGGAGAUGAUAAAGGAACAUCUGGGCGCUGUUAUUGGCUGGAGAGCAGACUCGAACGUCACAAACAAUUGGGCAACAACUAAUAUAUCAAAGCUCCGUCUCUGCCGAGUUUAUGCUGCGUCAAUCUUGUAUGGCUACUUCCUGAAGUCUGCUUCUAUGAGGCAUCGCCUUGAACUGAGCCUGACUGAUCUCAACUAUGACCUUCGACCCAAUACUGGCUCCCGUCUAUCCCUCUCAGAUUUUUGGUCAUAUGGCUUAAAUCUUGCCUUUGGUCGAGUUCAGAACAAACAUGUAACCACUGUGGGUGAAGCAUCAUGUAACCAGGUAAAGAAAAAUGAGAAAUUAAGUUCCUAUGUUAUGGGGUUUGAUCCUGAAGUGCUCCAGAUGUGCGCCAAACCAAAAUCAAAGGAGGCUAUGAAUCUUAUAGAAAAGCAUAGCUGUGCGCUCUUUGGUGACGAGAAGUCGGGCCUGGUAGAAUCCGAUGAGGUGAUAUCCACGUCUCUGGCAAGCCAGAAGAGAUUUGUCCUGGAGGCUGUAGCUUUUGGUUCAUUUCUCUGGGACAGUGAGGAGUAUGUAGAUAGUGCAUAUAAGCUUAAACAAAACUAAUUAGAGGGACGAAGAAGUUCAUGGCUGGUUGAAUACUGUAUAUAUUCUCGUGCUUUCGGAAGAAAGCUGUUUUUGUUCAAUGCUAUGAAAGAUAGAAGCAUAUAGCAAUAAGUAUAACUCUUUUUACUUUGAAUGUAAUGAAAGCCUGGAUGGUAAUAUAUAUUCUCCUUCCAUUGA